AAGAUCUUCUUGAACGACUGGUCCCACUAAGAGUUUAUCGUUCAAUGAGUAACCACUCGAAGUCUUACAGGAUGCAUCGAACACGACACGCACCUUCGUGGUUGUGCUUGACUCUUUAACGACAGCGUGAUGUGGGAGGUAGUAAUGCUCUACCGAAUCGUUUGCAGGACUGCAUUGGUGUUCAACCGCCGUUCGAUAGAACGCAGUCUGCGAUCGGCUAUUUCCUUCGACUCUCCUAAAACGAUAUUAGGGUUGGAGUUAAAUGGCAAACUAACGACAUACCUUCCACUUGAGUUGCGAACAGUUGUUGCUGCGAAAUGCUUCUUGCAAGCAUUCUCCUCAACCGAUAGCACAGGAUCCUCGGCUAUGGUUUCACUCUCCCAGAACCGCUGCAUGGUCUCCUCCAGUGGGGUGUCGUAUGCAGAUAGAUGGCACAGCCGCGGACCGACUGACGAAUGAUGAGUGUUGCCGGUGACAACCCAACCAAAGUGGGUUUCGACCAGCCACGGUUUGCCUCUACCGAUAGAGCACUUGCGACCGGUGUGGAGCUCCCAGAACGUAUCGCCUCCGAUGACGAUGUCGAUUUGCCCCGGACUGUUAAAGGUGCUGUCCGCCAAUGCCACGUCCGGCAUUUUCCAUGAAGAGACGUCCGUUGGUGAUGUAGGGAUGUUUGCGGAUGGCGUGUCCAGAACCAAGAAAGUCAUCUCCGUUGCGAAGGGUUGUGUCUUGGACUGAACGGUAGCGACGAUGGAACCCUUGAUCUGCUGUACUGCAUUGCCGAUGCCCGAUACAGCGACGUUGACCCUUUUGCGACUCGUCAGCAGUUUCCGUGCGAACUCCUCAGCGAUGAAAUUCGACAUGGAUCCCGAAUCCAACAACGCCCUUGCUUCAUGGGUGUUCCCGUAGUCAUCCUUGA